AUGGGUACACUUCGGGAAAACAAUGCAGGUUUCGGUGACGAGAAAAUGGAUCACUCCAAUAAUUCCAUCCGCGUGUCAACGCCGAGGAUGCAGCCAGGGGAAGCGGAGCUCGUUAAUUCCCUCGAUCUCAACGGUCCAACCAACGAAUUCGCCGGUGAGCAGGUGGAAAUGCAAAGCAAUGAUUCCCAAGACACCUUUAAGAAGCGAAUGAGUCGCAUAAAUGCGAUUUUGACGUCGGUGGUUAUUUGGUCAUUUCUCCUGCUCACUCUCUUGUUUUUGGCAUCCAUUGUGUUCGGCAUUGUGUACUCCGGGAUCCAUUAUCAUGGCCCAGGCUGGCACGAUGCUUCUUCGGCGAAAUCCGCCUGUGUUUCACCUUAUGGUGCCAUACUUGGCGCGGCAGGCGAUGUGUUUGCGUACAGUAACUGCAUCAGAAAUUACGAUAGUAAAAGCAGGAAUAACGUUUCAAGUCAAAACAAAGAAAGCGGAUUGAAGUGGGAUUGCAUGGAGUUUGCAAGGCGGUAUUGGAUGCUUCGUGGAACUCCCGUGCGUGCAACGUUUGACUCAGUGGUCGGAGCUGCCGACAUUUGGGCACUGAACUUCGUGCGGCUCCUUGACGGCUCUAAAACGCCGCUGCUUAAAUACCCCAACGGCCUCCCACGCCGUGAUGGCGGCUCCGCUCCGCGUGCCGGCGACCUGCUGAUAUACCCGCGUCAGCGGGAGGAUUUUCCGUUUGGACACGUCGCCGUCGUUGUCGGUGUGACGAAGAACUCUGUUCUCGUUGCAGAGCAGAACUGGGACAACAAGAUGUGGCCCGGACCGUACCACAACCACUCCCGCGAAAUUCGCAUGCUGUACAGCCCCAUCCAUGACGCCUACAACAUUACGGAGGAGGAAAACAUCAUCAUUGACGGGUGGAUGAGGUACACCACGUAG